CGUAAAUUUAAAAAUCUCAAAAUAAAAACACUGAUUGAAAACCAUGUAGGUAUUGAGUUCUGUUUUGUAGUGCAGAAAUAAUAUUUAUUCGUACAUGUAUAAUAAGAUCCUUAUUGUUAAUUGGAUGAACAGAAUGGAUGAUUCGCUAAGAGAUACGACGGUAUUCAUAGACGUUACUGAGGGUAACGCUUUUUCAGGCCUUGAUAAUUUUGCAAAAGACCUACAUAAUGAGAACAUCGAAAUUGUAGCAAAAGAGCAGGAUCAACCUGAAUUAAAUGAUUGUCCUACAGAAAUAAAAACGGAAGUUAUUAACAAAGAAGACUCCAAUGAUGCGACAAUAGAAUUGAAACCGGAAUAUACUAAAACUAGAAGCAGAGGUCACUCAAAGACUGAAAAGGUUCGAUUUCGGUGCACAGAGUGUAACAGAUAUACAGCUAAAGAUGAGGAUCAGUUAUUGCGUCACAUCCGGAAGGUCCACAAAGGAGAAAAUCCAUUCCAAUGCUAUAUGUGUGAUUAUAGUACAUACAACAAAAUCCUUUUUGAGGAGCAUGUCUACAUACAUAAAGGUAUAAAACCAUAUAAAUGCACCUUCUGCAAUCACAAGAGUGUAUCAAAGAAGAAUUUAAAGAAGCACGAGCUGAUACACCGCUCCGAUAACCCUCUGAAAUGUAGCCAGUGCAAUUAUAUUGCGAGGCACCAAAAGGGAUUAGCUUAUCAUUUAAGGAAUUUCCAUUCAAAGCUGCAGGGGUUGGUGUGUUUAGUUUGUAACAAAACAUUUUCUACAGCAUUGGACCGAGCCAACCAUAUUUCUGUGCAAAUAAAAUGUAAUGUAUGCGACUACAUUACAUGUUCGAAGUCUCUUUUGGACAAACACAAGCUUAAACAUGACAAUAUUAAGACAUUCAAGAAACAGACGGGGCUGUUCCAAUGCGUUAUGUGCGAUUGGAGUGGUUCUCUUCACAGAAAAUUCAUUUCCAAAAUAUUAUUACAUUUGGUACAUCAUCCGCAAACAGUUGAUGAAAAUCUUAUUGAUGUUUCAAUACUGCGAAAACAUGGAAUAAUGAACCAGUUCGUUGUCUGGUGAUAUCGAUAAGAUAAAACGAGUUGCCAGUUGCCAC